AUGUUACCCGCAGUGCGAAUCUUGCUUCUCCUCAGUGGAUCCUUCCUCUACACACUAACGCUCGCUGCCGAGUGCCCUACCUUGGCAGAGUGCGCGCCUCUUUCCGACUAUCCAGCCAACACCCGUCUCCCUGAUCCGUUCACCUUCCUCGACGGAAGGAAGGUAGCCACCAAAGAGGACUGGACAUGCCGACAAAAGGAGAUCAGCCACAUCCUUCAAUGCUACGAACUGGGAGAUCUUCCUCCCAAACCCACGACUGUAGUCGGCACAUUCAACGAUGACCACACGUCUCUCACCGUCGAAAUCACUGAAGGACCGCGAAGGAUCUCCUUCACCGCCAAAGUCCGGCUCCCCGUCAACUCCAACUCCAAUUUCAGUUCCAAUUCCUCGAGCUCGUCUGACUCUUUCCCUGCGGUCAUCGCGUACGGUAUCGCCACAGUGCCCAUCCCUCAAGACGCAGUGUAUAUCGAAUUUCAUCCCGACCCAAUCGCUUACCCAUUCGCAAACAGGCGUGGGCAAGGCCACUUCUACACACUAUACGGUACCAACCACUCAGCAGGGGCGUACAUGGCGUGGGCGUGGGGCCUCAGUCGCCUCAUCGACGCACUGGAAAGCGCUCCAGGCUCUCGAAUCGACACGAAGCGGCUCGCGGUUACUGGCUGCUCGCGUUACGGCGGUGCAGUUCUAGUCGCUGGCGCGUUCGAGCCCCGGAUUGCCCUCACGAUCUCGCAGGAAUCCGGAAAUGGGGGAGCGAACUGCUGGAGAUUGGCCGAUGCGUUCUUUAGGACUCGUGGACCUGGGAUCCCUGAGCAGCCUGCCCCGUGGGAGAUCGUCGUCGAGAACACGUAUUUCUCUCCGCGAUUCCACGGAGGGGUUGCACGGAAUGUGAAUGGUCUUCCUUACGACCAUCACCUGCUCCUUUCCCUGAUCGAACCACGAGGGCUUCUACUUGUCCAGAAUAGUGGCAUAGACUGGUUGAUGCCGUCUGCCAGCUAUGGAUGCGCGGUUGCUGCUCGGAAGGUGUUGCAGGCGCUGGGGACCAGCAACUUUGGGUUCACACAGGUUGGGGGACAUAGUCAUUGUCAGUUUCCAGAGAAGCAAGCACAAGAUGUGGAGGCUUUCUACGAUAAGUUCCUUAGAAAUAAGGAUGCGGAUACUGGGUUCUUCAAGUCUGAUCUCCAGCCUAGGGAUAACAGAUUUGUGGAAUCGCAAUGGAUCAACUGGACCACGCCCAACCUUUCGUAG